AUGUCUAGCCGUCAAGUAAACCGGCUCGACUCAAGCCGCUUGUCAGACCGUCAUCAUGACUACUACGCCUCGGAACGCCAGUCUGGCAGAAGUGCCACGUCCAAGGUGCCUGACCAGGAGAAUAUCCCCCAGGGCUUGAAUGAGUCUUAUUAUCGGGAGACCGCCGCCGCACUUGGAAUGCCCAUGGACGACGGGUCUCGUUCUCAUUCAGUGCCGCUACCGACUUCUGCCGUCGUCCGCUAUCCCCGGUCUCCAUCGAUUUCGUCUUCUAGAUCCUCCUCUCGCUCCUAUUGCAGUGUGUCUCGCGACAAUGAACACAGCCCUGGUUCGGUGAAUCAAACUCGCGGUAUAAUCCAAAGCAAUUUCUCUCAAACGAGGGCAGGAAUCGGAGCUGGUAUUGUUGGAGCUGUCAUCGGAGGACUUGUCGCCAAACAGGCUUCUGAAGCAGCAUUUCGCCACAAGCAAAAGCAAACUGGUCGCCCACGUCGCCACAGCUCUGAGACCAUACCCCGUAUGGCGUCUACUGUGCUUGGUGCUGUAGCCGGUGCGCUGGGCGCAAAUGCCGUGACCCAUAGAUGGGAAGAUGCCAGAGAAAGGAACAGGAGUCAGCAAUUAACGGGGGGAAAACGGUAUGACCGAGAAGAUGACACGACCCACUACGAUACAGGAAGACUACAAGAUUGGAAUCACGCAAAUGGCAAGGGAUAUCUUUCUGACGCUCAUGACUACCACCAUGUAUACCGCAGAGAGCGGCAACAAGAUGACCACCACUCAAGACGACGUCGCAUUGAAGAAUCACAGCUCUAUCACUACCGAGACUAG